GCACGUGACGGCGUGUCGAAUGUGCGGUCGCGGUUUCCGAGCUAGCAGCGGGUCGAGUCAGAUGAAGAGGAUCUGAGCGGAAAACGGAGCGAAAAACGCUCAAAAUAAAGACUUAAUUUCCAUUAAUACUUUUGCAGACCAUGAAGGCCGCAGCGUUCCCCCGUGACCUGGGCUAAGUCAAGCUAAACCCACAUAUUCACCUGUGCAGCGCAGGGUGAUGAGGAGGAGGUGAGUGGCGGAGCAGCGGAGUUCACCUGAGCUCAGGUAGCAGGACACCAUGGGGUCCACCCUCAGCGAGCCGUGCAUUUAUGACAAGCUGUCGGAGAGCAUCGACAUCCUGCGGCAGUCCGGGUACCGAUACGGCAUGUCGGAGAGGGAGAUAGAGAAGUUCAUUAAGCAGGUUUUGGAGACGAACGAGCCGCGGAGGGACCCGCCACAGUUCCCCAUUCUCCGGGCCACCAUCAAGUUCGUUGUUGCUGUCGGUGUGUUGCUGAUAGCGGUGUUAGCCUUCACGUACCCGCAGAGCCUCCCCCACCCCGGACCCUUCGGCACUGGAGCGCACAACUGGUCCUCUCCACUCAGCCACAUCAGACUGUUAUCCCUGCCCAUCGCCAAGAAAUACAACCUGCACAGUUUCCAUGCGUGGUGGGGUUUCAGUGGUCUGAGGCAGACCCUGCUGAACUGUUCUGGCUGUGCUGGAGUGUCUGCAGUGCUGGAGCUGAACACACUGCACACUGACGCAGUUCACACAGAAACACAGCCCAUACUGCUGAAGGGUGGUCAGUCUCUGUGGUUGCGGAGGCAGCAGUUAGAGGAGCUUUACUCCGCUCGGCCUGACUCUGUGGCGGUGCUGCUGGGAGAGGAGGAGCAGGUCAUGUCUCCAGAGGCGGGGUUCCCUCAGAGUCCGGCUAAUUUCAGCCUGCUAUGGAGGUUCGACUCCGGUUCGAGGGAGGAGGUGUUUCAGUGGCUGUUCCCAGACGCUCUGCUCUGCCCCCUAGUGGAAGGUGCAGGAAUGACGCUUCGGCGCUGCAGAGUCACUCACAGCACCGGCUCUCAGAGCAGAGGAGAGCGUGUGUUAGGCUGGCUGUUGGUGGGUGAUGGCGCCCCCACUGUCCGAGUGCUGCCGCUUCAUCGCUGCCAAACGCACUGCAGCUCCUUCAACCUGUGGCUCAGUCCAGGAGAUCUAGUGUACGCAGAUCCGCGCUACUGGCAGCUGGAGCUUUUCCCGGGCCGAGGGGAGAACAUCAUGUGUGAUGGAUCAGCGCUCUGAGAGGAGGAAUCCAGGAAGGAACGGAUGGGAAGAGAGAGCGACACGGAUUCACUGCUGGGUUCUGUAAGCUGCACAGGCUGCAUAUGUGGAGCUGGAACUGAUGCUAUUGCUAAACGAUUGAGAGCGUCUCGAGGGAGUUUAAGAAAGACCGCCGUGACCUGCUGGUGCCAAGAGCGCUCGGAGCCAGCGAGCGAGAGAAUGUACUGUACUGUGUUAAAUCCAGCCAGAUGUGAUUGAUUAACCGUUGCUUUAAUUGUAAAGUGGGAACAUGUUUUGAAAAAUCACAUUUUUGUCCACAUGCUAAAGCGCUAAUGAUGUUAGCGUGUCCGUUUGCUUGCUAGUGAACUGUUACGAUUGCAAAGACGCAAAUAUGUGACUUAAAGUGAAUCAAAGCGCCUCUUAAAAAACAAAAAAAGUUCGGACAAAAAUCAAAUCCCCCCCAGAACCAAACGUCAGCAGAGAUGUUCGGUGUCUGAGGUUUUCUUUGUUAGUUGUAGCUCUGGAGCUACGAGGCUAAUGUAGCUAACAUGUAAUGGAAGCAUAUACCCCAGCAUUAGCAUUCUGCUAACAGCAUGACUGAGAUAUCGAUCCCAAAAAAGACUCCUAACUUCAGACAUCAGACACAUCCCGACUGAUCGGCUGAGUUUGGACGCGACUGGGAAGACUGGGUGAAUGUGAUUUUUGGCUGAACUGUGGCUUUUAAUCUUUUCCUUUGAUUUAUAAAUGGUUUCGUGGGUCUGUACGUGCCGUGUGCCAGCGCUAAGCUAUCUGAAGCAAAGCCAACACUGCCAUAGUUUUUCAUGUUUGCCUGCAUGGUUUCUUCCUGUUGCCUCUUACAAAAAUAACCCGUAAAAAGCACUUUAAGAUUUGUUGGCAUUGUGCGUCGAUGUGCCGACACUGUUUCUCCAUCGUUCUCCUUUAUAUCUCCUUCAUCUUCUCGUCUGUAAGCACACAAUUUCUGUACUUUCCCUUACACUCGUCAGUAUUAUCUGCUCCUCAUAUUCCUUCACUUAGAUGAAGUUUGGACGUUCUGGGUGAGAUCUAGGAACACAAAGUGAAUUCCACUGAUUUUUUUUCAAAAUUCCCACACAAGUGAGUGUUAAAGAUGUAAUCAGAGAGAUUCAGACGUCUUUACAGUGGUGGUGAUGGGAACCAAGGCUCACCAUGACUACAACACAGAU